AUUAAGCUAUCGAUAGUUUAGCAACAUUAAACAGCUGAUUUACUCGUAGUUUGUCUGUAAUACUUUUUAAUAAAAAUACAUAUAUCGACUGUUCAAAUAACGAUGUCAAAAUUACUGUCCAUGAAUUUAAGAUCAGGUGAAGCUGCGCGUAUAUUUGCACGUUUGAAAACAAAUCCACCAACAUGCAAUAAUUUAGUGCAAAAUAAUUUGGAGCAACGACAACAGUUCCACCUUACGCCAUGCUGUAGUGAAAUACGUAAAUUAGCACGAUUACGUGUUGUAGACAACAGUGAAAUAGGUAAACGUGCCAUGGCAGAGGGCAAACCACCACGCUGCAUUCAUGUUUACAACAAACGUUCUGUGGGCUAUAUUGGAGAUAAGGUGCUUGUUGCUAUCAAAGGGCAAAUGAAGAAAGGAAUUCUAGUUGGAUUGAAACAGAAUCAGAAGCCUAAAAUUCCAAAUUAA